CAGCGUCAUGGCCGCCGAGCGGCGCGCCAAGGCCGACACCCUGGCCCUGCGCCGGCGGCUCCUCAGCGCUUCCUGCAGACUCUUUUUCCCUGAGGAUCCUAUUAAGAUGGUCCGAGCCCAGGGACAGUACAUGUAUGACGAGCAGGGCGCGGAGUACCUGGACUGCAUCAACAAUGUGGCUCACGUGGGGCACUGCCACCCUCUCGUGGUCCAAGCUGCACACGAACAGAACCAGGUGCUCAACACCAACAGCCGGUACCUGCACGACAACAUUGUGGAUUACGCGCAGCGGCUGGCACAGACCCUGCCGGAUGAGCUCUGUGUGUUUUAUUUCCUGAAUUCUGGGUCGGAAGCCAACGACCUGGCCCUGAGGCUGGCCCGCCAGUACACGGGACACCAGGACGUGGUGGUGCUGGACCACGCCUACCACGGGCACCUGAGCUCCCUGGUUGACAUCAGCCCCUACAAGUUCCGGCACCUGGACGGCCAGAAGGAGUGGGUCCAUGUGGCACCUCUCCCAGACACCUACAGGGGCCUGUACCGGGAAGACCACCCCAACCCGGCCGUGGCCUAUGCCAGUGAAGUAGAACAUGUGGUCAGCAGUGCGCAGGCGCAGGGCAGGAAGAUCGCGGCCUUCUUUGCCGAGUCUCUGCCCAGCGUAGCAGGACAGAUCGUGCCCCCUGCCGGCUACUUCUCCCAGGUGGCAGGGCACAUCCGCAAGGCCGGAGGGCUGUUUGUCGCCGACGAGAUCCAGGUUGGCUUCGGCCGGGUGGGCAAGCACUUCUGGGCCUUCCAGCUGCAGGGGGAGGACUUUGUGCCCGAUAUCGUCACCAUGGGCAAGUCUAUUGGCAAUGGGCAUCCCAUUGCCUGUGUGGUCACAACACAAGCCGUGGCAAGGGCUUUUGAGGCCACUGGCGUCGAGUACUUCAACACGUUUGGGGGCAGCCCAGUGUCCUGUGCCGUGGGGCUGGCUGUCCUAGAAGUCUUGGAGAAGGAGCAGCUCCAGGCCCACGCCACUUGUGUGGGAAGCUUCUUGAUGGACCUCCUCAGGCAGCAGCAAGCCAAACAUGCCAUCAUUGGAGAUGUCAGGGGUGCUGGGCUUUUCAUUGGCGUGGAUCUCAUCAAAGAUAAGGCCACACGGACACCAGCAACGGAAGAGGCAGACUACUUGGUAUCCAGGCUCAAGGAGAACCACAUACUGUUGAGCACAGAUGGCCCUGGAAAGAAUGUCUUGAAGUUCAAGCCCCCGAUGUGCUUUAGCUUGGAUAACGCGCAGCACCUGGUAGCAAAGCUGGAUGCCAUCCUGACAGAUAUGGAAGAGACGCUGAGAAGCUGCGAGUCGCUGAGGCUCUAGGCAAGCCAGCCUCACCAGGCGGAUUCCUCCAGAAAAACAGUGGCUCCUACGCUAAUAUUCUUGAGAAGACAUAACCCUGAUCUCCCACACUGCUGAAGUGAGCUCUGGGGCGGAGUGGGCUGCCCACCCUUCUCUUUUCUGUUGGGACAGGCCAGAAAGUGUUACCUUAGGACCUUAAGAGUCCAUCACCUUUAUGAGCAGCCCCACCGGGUGUGGGGUGGCUUGGUGCUCCUUGUUAAGCAAACAUGUGUAAGUCUCUGACACACACACUCACAAAAAUAAGACAACCAAGCCCAGCACAGCAGCUU